AUCUCCCACUUAAGCUCUUUGGUGGUGCAGAUAAUGCAACAGAGAUUCACAAGAGGAUAACUUUCAUAAAGUAAAAGUUGUUUGUCUUUUGAUACCAGUUGUGUUUUGUGACCAGUUUGCUCAACAUGGCAAAUCGUAUCUUAACAAACUUGCACCAUGGCAUGUUGUGCUUAGUUGUGUUUGGGAACGUUAUACAAGAAUGACAUUUUCCAGGCGGAAAGGCUUGUGCACGUCCUGCGCAGUAGAAAACUCCUAGAGUUUUACUGACCCCGAAAUGGAGAAGACAGCAUCUAAGAGGAAAGGAAUGGCUAGAUGCUUCAUUGGCACAAAGUGCAGAGACUUGGAAGGGUUGUUUGUCUUCAAAAGACAUUUUCCACUUCUUCUGGGACACUAGUAGCAGGGGCAUCUUAAACGUCAGACCCUUGCUGAACUUGUCGGAGGUCCCAAUGGAUGGGAGGUUUGUUCUGAAACUCAGAGUUUAAAUCUUCAUGUAUGGGCAUGAAGACAACCUUCGUGUGGUUCAUUUUGAUCAAUCAUGUUGGUGCGUUUUCUCCUUGUAGUAUAUGGGGGCAGUUUGCUUGCUUGAAUCUUUUUAUGGUUGGGACUUUAGUCUUGUCAUCUCAGUCUGAAACAGUCUUGCUUUGCUCUCAAGCUUUAUCGCACAGGCCAGUCUGUCAAAAUGUGGGGUUCUGGAUGGUUGCAUUUCAGUCACUUAGGUCAAUGAGAUCUAGUAUGAUGAUGUGACCUAUGGUUUCAUUCCUGUUUCUUGCUUUGAGUGUGCUUGCAGAAGGGCAAAUUUCCAAUUGUGUCUAUGAUUGCCAGCCCCAAGUUCAAUGCAUUCAGCCAAAGGUGUGAAAAGAGCUCACUAGCUUUAUGUGCAUAGGUGUCCUCAGUGAAAGGCACAGGACCUGGAGUGGAAGCCUUGGCAAGACACAAUCCUGAUGCCUUCCUUUUUGUAUUCUCUUAAUUUCUGCAUGGGAUUUAGGGACUGUGGUUUCUGAGGUUACCCUGAAGGUGCUAGACGUUGGAGCCACAGACAUUUGGACGCUGCAGACGGGGGAGCUAGGGAGAUUCCUGCUCCACAUUGCCUCUUGGCACCUUUCUGGAGAACUGCAAUCCAGGCUGGCACCAUGGACACUACCAGGGGCCCUGGCACUCAAGUCAGCGACUAUGUCAACUAUGACAUCAUCAUCAAACAUUAUAAUUUCACUGGGAAGCUAAAUGAGAAUGCAGAUACUGGGAUCAAAGCCUCCUCAGUGGUGUUUAUCAUCUUUUGUUGCUUCAUCAUCCUAGAGAACAUAUUUGUUCUAUUGACUAUCUGGAAAACCAAGAAAUUCCACAGGCCCAUGUAUUACUUCAUUGGGAACUUGGCACUCUCUGACUUGCUGGCUGGAGUGGCUUACACAGCCAAUCUCUUGCUGUCUGGACACAAGACCUACACUCUUACCCCUGCCCAGUGGUUCCUUAGGGAGGGGAGCAUGUUUGUGGCAUUGUCUGCUUCGGUGUUCAGCCUCCUGGCCAUUGCCAUUGAGAGAUACAUCACAAUGCUGAAGAUGAAACUCCACAAUAGCAGCAAUAGUUUCCGCUGUUUCCUGCUGAUCAGUGCCUGUUGGGUCGUCUCUGUGAUAUUAGGGGGUCUUCCUAUUAUGGGGUGGAACUGCAUUAACAUCCUAAAAAGAUGCUCUACUGUGUUGCCUCUCUAUCACAAGCAUUACAUUCUGUUCUGCACCACCGUCUUCACAGGCCUCUUGUUGUCUAUUGUGGUCCUUUACUGCAGAAUCUACAUCUUGGUAAGGACAAGGAGUCGCAGGCUGACUUUCCGGAAGAACGCUGCCAAAGCCACCCGGAGCUCAGAGAAAUCUCUGGCUCUGUUGAAGACAGUGAUCAUUGUUUUGAGUGUUUUCAUCAUCUGCUGGUCUCCUUUGUUCAUCCUUCUCUUGCUGGAUGUGAGAUGCGAAGUCAAGGCUUGUCCGAUCCUCCUCAAAACUGAAUACUUCAUAGUACUGGCAGUUCUCAAUUCGGCAACCAAUCCGAUCAUCUACACACUAACUAACAAGGAGAUGAGGAGGGCCUUCAUCAAGAUUGUACAGUGCUGCAAAUGUCCCGCCACAGACUCUGGCACCAAAUUCAAGAGACCAAUCAUUGGAGGGAUUGAGUUCAGCCGAAGUCGGUCUGACAAUUCCUCUCAUCCCCAGAAAGAUGAGGGUGACUCUCCAGAAACUAUUGUGUCUUCGGGUAACGUCACUUCAUCAUCUUAGGAGUUUUUUUCUUUUUGCAAAGAGGAGGUGGUGGGCCCUUUGAAGGCUGACACAAGGGGGAAUGGCUCUGCUCACUUGCCUCCAGCCAGAAGAAGGAGAGCUAGUGGUGAAGAGAUGGGUCUGAAGAGGGGAACUGGGGUUCUUACUGGGGGCAUAAGCCAGAUCGUGGGAUAUGAAAAAAAUGUCAUCGUUUCUAGAAGCUUGUGUGUUGGCUCAGCUUAUAGCUGAUGGAAGGAUGGAUGCCCUGUCUAACUUUGAAAAACAGAACUUUGAAUAGCUCAACUUGUGUUGUAUGAGAGAGUGAAUGAGGGAGGAGGGAAGGUAUCUUAAUUAAUUCUUUGCCUCCCAUAACAAAUGUGAACCCUGGUAACAAAGCUCUUACUGUUCUUAAAUGACAAUUGUUCCCAACUUACUAUAUACAAAGGUUUGGGUAGACAAAUGAGAACACUUGAGGAUAUUUCUCCCAAGAUCUGCCAAGGUUGCAAAUGAUACUUUGGUGCUCAAUUUUGCAUUGAGAGUUAGUGAGAAUUGGACGUGGAAGACUGCAGUGGAUAAGUUUUAGGAGCACAACCCCACACUGCUCCCUGAUAUUAAAUCUCCCUGAAUCUAGUGGGACUAUACCUGAGUUAGGUUGUGGGUGGGUGGAGCUGGAGUAGAAAUGUCAUCUGAAUCUUGAAACAGCACUGACUGGAAAAAAAAAUACUAGUCUUGAUAGCAAGGUGUAUUUGUUAUUCAUGAGUUCUGGCUUGCUUAUUCUCACAGUAAUCCUGUGAUGUAUUUCAGACUAAGAAUGAUUCUCAGACAUUUGGAUUUUUUUAAAAAAAAAGAAUGAACAAAUAUAGGAAAUGGGGCCUCCACAGAAUCUAGGCUCAGGUCUCUGGUCUAUAUUCUUUUGCACCACAUUCCAGAACAUUUGCUAUCCCAGAAUAUUGUAAUUUUGAAAAGCUGUUUAUAGUAUUUUCAUUGUCCACAGAAAGUAUUCUUUGUGUCAAUUGGAUGUAAUUUGUUACAGCAUCAGUCCCUAUAGUGUGUGUACAUACAUUUCCCCCCAGACCCGAAUUUACUGGGUUCAAUGUGUACAGUGUAUAGAGAUGUUCAUGAGCAUAGCAACUGUCCUGUGCCAAAAGUGAUAGUCUUUAUCCUUAUACAACCUAUAAUCCCACCUUUAACCUCAACCUGCAGUGUGGGAUCCAGUUAAAAUUAGUCUGUGCAAACCUUUUGUCCUUUUCUUUUUAAGGGCAACUAAAUUGCAUAUGAACAUAGCAAGACUGUUAUACUUGUAACAGUGGUAUAGGUGUGGUGGUUUGUCAUAGAAAGGGUAGGGAAUUAAGAAAAGCUUGUAUUGGGAACAAAGUUUGGAGAACUUACUCUUUAGGACUAUGACAAGGCAGCAACCCCACCGGCUACAUUUUCCUGGGCAUUUUGGAAGUUGUAGUUCAAAAAGUAACUUUCCAAAGGUCUGUUUCUGAAACCAUGUCCUGAAACAACAACUACUGGCAGCAGAUUCCUCUUCCUUUGAGAAGAGCCAUAGCUCAAUGGAAGAACACUGAGAGGUUUCCAGAGCUAAUGAAUAGAAAAUGUCAAUAGUGCCUCCUGUUGGUGUGCCCCAUCUCAGCUGACCUCUAGUGACUUAGAGCAUAGCUGUGGUAAUAAUAUGCAGGACAGUUAUAAUUUGAUUAAUGUACAAAUAUCAGUUGCAUUUAUACUUUUUUAUAAGACUGACUUUUAGUAUUUUUCCCAGUGCAAUUUUUUUUUUAAAAAAUGAAAUAGUAUUUAAAAUGUUUCUGACUUUGUACAAUUUGCACAUAGCUUCAUUGACCUCUAAAUAUUAAUAAACUGGGGUUUUUGUACAAAU